AUGUUUCUAGCGCGGAUAACGAUAAGAGUAGUAUUCUUAUCUACCGAUGUCUAUGCGUUCUUUUUGCUCGCGGUCGGCUCCUCGUGGGUGCGUGCGCAGAUCCGCAAAGACGAUUCCAGGGAUAAACGAUUCGACUUGGAAGACCAGAAAGAAGAAAUGUCCCUACGAGUUACACAGAGACUUGCUUUUUUAUUAGUAGCAAAAGGUUCAUGCUGCACCGGCAAUGUAGGUGAUGGAGUUGGGGCCUUGGGAUCGUGGAGAAGAAGGAUGAGGGUGAGGAUGACAAGAACUGAGGAAGAUACAGCAAAGGAGGAGGGAGAUCUUCUCGGUUAUCUGAACGAACCAUCGGAUUUCUACCUUCCCCUCCCCUCCCCUCGGCUCGGUCUGCUCGGGUAG